CGACGUGACGGCCUCUCUUCCCCACUAAGAUCCUGUCAGUCGUACUGUCGAGAAAUCGUCAAAAACAAACACAUCUCCGGAUUCCGUGAUUUUUAAUUGGCCACUGGAGUAUCAUCAUAACCAUGUACCAGGUAAAGCCAGUCAGUCCCGGUGACAUAAAGAUUAAUUUGCCAACGUGCAUGUACAAGUUACCGAAUAUCCACGCGCAAGGAAUGAGCUGCAACGAGCACGCGCUCCAGAACGGAGAAAUGGAUCCGGCCUUGAAAGCUCUGGAAGCUCGUCAGGACGAGAUCUUAAAAAGACUCUAUGAUUUAAAGGCAACUGUUGAUGGGCUCUCAAAGACAGUGACCACUCCUGACGCAGACCUGGAUGCCACAACACUCUCACACGGACCAUCUGCAUCUGUGUUUAAAAGCACAGCAGAUCUGGACUCCCUGUUGGGCAAGGACUUGGGCGCCCUGAGGGACAUUGUGAUAAACGCUAACCCCGCCAGUCCUCCUCUGUCUCUGCUGGUUCUUCAUGGAUUGCUGUGCAAGCAGUACAAGGUGCUGUCAAGCGUACAUGUCCACUCCUCCGUGACCGCUGUACCGCCUCGACUGCUGACCUGCCUGGGCCAGCAGCACAUGGACAGCUAUGCCCGCAAUCACUUCCAGCUAGGCUUCACUCUCAUAUGGAAAGAUGUGUCAAAGCUGCAGAUGAAGUUCGACACACAGAACAUGUGUCCUAUCGAGGGGGAGGCCAAUGUGGCUCGCUUCCUCUUCCGACUUUUGGGCGCUGAACCACAAGACCCCAUCGGCGCCACUCGGAUGGACUGCUGGAUUGAUACGGCAGUCUUCCAGCUGGCUGAGGGGGGCAGUAAGGAGCGAGCAGCUGUGCUGAGGUCACUAAAUGUGGCUCUGGGUCAUAUGCCAUGGCUUCUGGGUCAGCAGUUCUCACUUGCCGACAUUGUGUGUGCCUGUUGCGUCCUGCAAGCCGGCCAGAGCACAUCAGCGCCUGCCAACGUACAGCGCUGGCUCAAGUCCUGCCAGAACCUGGGCCACUUCGACUGCGUGUAUGCAUUACUGCAGUGACCAGAGCUGUGAGAUCAGUGCAGGUUGUGCUCCAGUAAAUUAUGUCAUGAAAAGGGAAGAAUGUUGUUGUGACAUCAUCAUUAUCCAAAUGUAAAUGGACACCUUUGAUUUAGUCCUGAAGAACAAACACAGUUACUUCCCAGAAUCCAAUCUGACCUGACCUGAUCUCAGCUCAGUGAUAAUAUUCAGGUGUUCUAGUUAGUACGAUGAUGUCGUUUUGAUGAUUUACAGGAAGAGUUCACUCAAAAAUUAAAAUUAUGUCAUUAUUUAUUUACCCUCAUGUUGUUUUAAACUAUCCAUGGAACACAAAAGAAUACAUUUUGUGUUUGUUCUUUUUCAUGCCAUUAGAGUAAAUGGGGACUCAAUCUUUCAAACUUAAAAACAAAACAAAAGCAUCAUUAAGGUCAUCCAUUUAACUUGUGCGCUAUAUUAAGUCUUUUGAAGCUGUAUGAUAUAGCUUUUUGUGAUACACAAAAUGUAUGUCCAUUGAGUCAGCGAGUUGAACUUGAGAACUGAAUUAGUCGUGAACGAAUAAUUUUGGACCGGUUUUGUGAACCAGAUCAGUUGAUUCAUUGAAAAGAUCCAACUUAAAAGUACCAGGAACCAGACAACGCUACUUCUCUGAACUCCUCACACAAAGCUGUUAUAUGGCUUCAGAAGACUUGGAAUAUAGUGCAAGAUACAUUUGCACAUUUUGAAGCUCCAAAAAAAGUAGCCCCCAGUCAUUGUAUCAUUGUAUGGAAAACCACAACAUUUCUCCUUUAGUGUUCCACAAAAAAAAAAGUCAAAUGUGUUUCGAACAACAUGAGGGUGAGAAAAUAAUGACAGAGUUUUCUGUUUUUGGUGAACUGUUCCUUUAACUGGAGUCGAUCUGAACUGGUCCCAUACUAGGGUUAAGCUGCAAACACUCAGAAAUAGAUAGAGGGCAUUUGGGAUAGAUUUUAGGGUAAUGAUGAUACUGUAAACGCAACUCCCACCCACCUUGUGCCUGCUACAAUGUUUUACUAGAAAAUGUGUGCUGUGUGUUGCUAUCACAUAUUAUGUUGGUUGUUACACAAGACGGAUGAGAGGUGAUACUUUGUAGCGUCUUUUUAUUAAAACCUAUUAAAAGUUUUCACAUCUGAUCAAACAUUUAACUGGUGAUUAUUUGUUUUACAUAC